UGUAGUUGUGUUAUAUUCUGUAAAAACAAAAAAAUUACUUCAGAAAUGUGAUGAACACCUGGACUGCGUUGCAGCGAAUCAGAUGAGUUCGGUGACACACGCAAACAAGCAAAAAUUGUAAUAAAGAAAAGAAAAAACAAAUAAAGUGAGCAGGACGGAGGGGAUUGAGGAAGGAAUUGCGUGAAAAAGCCAAUGACUCUUGGUACUGCCUCGCUAUUAAGCUUCGCAGCAAGCACAAGAACACAGCUUCUCGUUGCCGUUUAAUUUCUCAAAUUCUCAGUUUUUUGUAGAUAUGAUGGUAGAAUUGUGAUUGAAGAGGUUCAAUUUGAUUAUAAUCUAACGAGGUUGGAGGAAGAUACCCAUGGGGACUAUUUUGAGCUUGAACCAUUCCAGGACUAGAGGGAAUGAACCUUAUGAGGUUUUACAGAGUGCACCAUGCAAGAGGCCAAGGUUGUCUUCAAGCUUUUAUGAGAAAAACCCGAGAUUGAUUCCCUGCCUUCCUGACGAGAUAUCUAUUCAGAUUCUUUCCAGAAUACCUAGGAUCCACUAUUUGAAAUUGAAGUCGGUGUCACGGACCUGGAAAGCCACUAUUUUGAGUGCUGAACUUUUCUCUUUGAGAAAAGAGAUGGGAACAACAGAGGAAUGGCUUUAUAUAUUAACAAAGGUCGCAAAUGAUAAGCUCAUAUGGUAUGCUCUUGAUCCUCUGGCCAGAAGAUGGCAAAGGUUGCCACCAAUGCCAAAUGUUUCUCGUGAAGAUGAAUCUAGGAAGGGUUUAGCUGCCCUUAGAAUGUGGAACAUGGCAGGCUCAAGUAUCAGGAUUACAGAUGUCAUCAUGGGUUGGCUUGGGAGGAAGGAUGCAAUGGAUCGAAUGCCAUUUUGUGGUUGCUCUGUUGGGGCUGUUGAUGGCUGCCUCUAUGUGCUAGGGGGAUUUUCCAAGGCUUCAGCCCUGAGAUGUGCAUGGCGAUAUAACCCAGUUACAAACUCUUGGAGUGAAUCAAGUCCAAUGUCAAUUGGUAGAGCUUAUUGUAAGACAGGCAUCUUAGAUGAUAAACUUUAUGCUGUUGGAGGGGUUACUAGGGGUCAUGGUGGAUUGACCCCUCUUCAAUCAGCUGAAGUAUUUGAUCCAAAAACAGGUGUGUGGUCCCAAAUACCAAGCAUGCCCUUUACGAAAGCUCAGGUCUUACCGACUGCAUUUUUGGCUGAUCUGCUCAAGCCUAUUGCUACUGGAAUGACUUCAUACAGGGGAAGGUUGUAUGUUCCACAGAGUUUAUACUGCUGGCCCUUUUUUGUUGAUGUUGGAGGAGAGGUUUAUGAUCCUGAGGCGAAUUCAUGGGUUGAAAUGCCCAUUGGCUUGGGGGAGGGUUGGCCGGCAAGACAGGCAGGGACGAAAAUGAGUGCCACUGUUGAUGGUGAAUUGUAUGCACUGGAUCCUUCUAGUUCUCCUGAUAAUGCAAAGAUCAAGGUAUACGAUUACCUAGCUGAUGAUUGGAAAGUUGUUGCAGAAGAUGUUCCAAUUCGUGACUUCACUGAAUCAGAGUCUCCCUAUUUGCUUGCUGGAUUCCUGGGGAAGCUUCAUGUGAUCACAAAGGAUGCCAAUCAAAAUAUUGCUGUUCUGCAGGUGUAUGUGCAGAACCAUGUUGCUUCCAUCUCAGCAGCUUCAUCCUCAUCACUCGUUGACCCCAUUGAACAUGCUGGACGACCAACAGAAUCAGAACUAGAUCUUUGGAAGGUAAUUGCCACAAGGAGUGCACUGGCGACUGAACUGGUUAGCUGUCUGGUCCUUGAUAUUUGAUGAUUGCACUUCUCUUAAUAUUGUGAGUACAGCUCAACACGGAAAGUGUUGGUUGAUAUGAUUGCUGUAAGUUUUUCUUACCCUUUUUAUCCUUUCAAAGUGUGAAAUUAGCAUCAACUCACUGUGAUAGCUCUUUACUGGAUGUAAGCAAAAUUAUAAGGUUCAGGAUAUAGCGUACUCUCUCCAUAUUCAUAGUAUAAGGCCGGUUGUCUCAAUCUAUUUCCUUUUCCGUUCUAUCAUGUUGUUUUUGAAUUUAUUUCGUAGUUA